UUUGCCCGUUUUCCCAAGUCACCACAGCCAAGCGACGGAGACAACAAUGGCGGCAGAAGUUGUCCCCUUACCGCAAUUGAAGCUGCCCUCUGGGCCAGCGCCCAUUACCGCCGAGCAGAGGUAUUGGAAAACCUUCAAGAACCAGCUCGUCAUUCCUUCGCCCACCCAAGCUUUCAUCACCCACAUCAACUUCCCCGCGGUGAAUCCAAGUAGCUUAGGCUUCGCAAGCAAUGACCUCUUUGCGGUAACGACGGGUACGAGGGUACAGCUCUUUUCGAUACGCACGCGGAAACUAGUCAAGACGAUCACGAGGUUUGGCCACAUCGCCCGGAGCGGGGACGUACGGCGAGAUGGAAAGAUUCUUGUGGCUGGAGACGAUUCUGGCAAGAUCCAGGUCUUCGAUAUUCUCCAGUCACGCGCGAUCCUCAAAACUUGGACCGAGCAUAAGCAGCCCGUUUGGACAACCAAGUUCUCCCCCGCAGACGUCACAACUCUUAUGAGUACCAGCGAUGACAAAACGGUGCGGUUAUGGGAUCUGCCGAGCCAGCAUUCCACGACCACCUUCGUCGGUCACCAGGACUAUGUGCGCUCUGGCACGUUCCUGCCUGGCACCAUGUCCAAUAUGCUGGUAUCGGGUAGUUAUGAUUCGACGGUCAAGCUCUGGGAUCCGCGUGCACCACGCAACGCCGUCAUGAGCUUUAAGCAUGCCGCCCCAAUCGAGGCCGUAUUGCCACUACCCUCGGGCACUCAAGUCCUAGCUUCCUCCGAAUCGCAAAUCUCCGUCCUCGAUCUCGUUGCCGCAAAACCACUGCACCUCAUUACGAACCACCAAAAGACCGUCACAUCGCUUUCCCUGGCUUCAGGCGGCAAAAGGGUGGUCUCCGGCGGACUCGAUGGUCACGUCAAAAUCUUUGAGACGACAGGGUGGAAUGUCGUCGCUGGCGUCAAGUAUCCUUCGCCAGUUCUGGCCGUGAGUGUCAUUACUUCAGGGGCAAAUGGUGAUGACCGUCAUCUGGCAGUGGGCAUGCAGUCUGGGGUGCUCUCCAUUCGAACCCGCCUGACUGGCCCCGAAGCAACACGCGAACGAGAGCGGGAGAAGGAGAUGGCGGCUCUGUUGGCAGGCAACAUUGCAUCCCAUGACAAAGCGAAGAACAAGCGCAAGCGCUUAGGCACUGCCACGAACCGCCUAGACAUUCUUGGCGAGGGAGCGGAUGUUGUGAUUGCUGGUAACCCAGCUGGCAAAAACAGAUCGAAGAAAGAGAAGAUGUGGCAGCAAGAUCUGCGGCGUGGACGCUUCGUUUCUGCUCUGGACCGUGUGCUCGAUACCUCGGCGAAAGAAUACACUCCGCUAACAGUUCUGACCCUCCUGAUCGCCUUGCGACACCGAUCUGCCCUGCGUGAAGCCCUCGAAGGGCGGGACGAAGAGACUGUACAACCCGUGCUCAACUGGAUACAAAAACAUAUUGUGGAUCCCCGCUACGUGGACAUAUGCGUGGAUGUCGCGAUGCAUCUUUUGGAUCUCUACGCCGAAUACACUGGCGGAAGCAAGGAGAUGGAAGAAGGGUUUCGGUUAUUGCAUAGGAGAGUUCGACAGGAGGUCGAAAGAGCCCAGAUGGCCACACAAACUGGUGGCAUGUUGAUUGGGCUAUUGGUGGGGAUGGAAUAGCUCGAAAGAGAAAGCAUGUAUCCUAUCAGGAGGAAAAAUGUACUGGACCAUUUGCAUGUUUGCAUCACGUUUGGCGUUCUGGACAAAAGAGGAAAACUGGGAGCCGGUGUCUACAUUCACCACUGGCGUUUUCGAGACUUAGGGAUGGUAAAACGGAAUGUGCACUAUGGGCCACAUGAUACCAAAUGUAUUCAGAAAACUUCGGCGGAGCAAUAGCUUUCGAGCGAUCGAAGCUAAUGCGAGCUCAAGAUUAAUGCUAUAACCCGCUUUUGCUAUUCGAGC